AUGCUUUUCUCUUCUGCUUCUUCUUCUCGUUUACUUCAGUUUCUGAUUGUUUUAGCACUAUGCUGUUGUUGCCUAUGCAGUGAAGACUCUAAUGAUCUUCUAUGUAUCGAGAGUGAGAGAGUAGCUCUUCUGCAGUUCAAAACUGAUCUGAUAGAUGCUGCCGACAGGCUCUCUUCUUGGAGCACCGGCUACAACGAUGACUGCUGCAAAUGGGUUGGCGUGGUUUGCAAUAACAUUACGGGUCAUGUCCAAGAGAUUCACCUUGGUGGGCCUGCUGAUGGGCUCCAUGGUCAUUGUCACGGUUCUUAUGAUACCGAUGCUGAACUCGAUGCAGCAUCGAAACAGAUGUUGGGUGGGAAUAUAAAUCCUUCCUUGCUGUCGUUGAAGCAGCUUAACUACUUGGACUUAAGCUGCAAUGAUUUUGGAGGGAUCCCAAUUCCUGGUUUCAUUGCGUCCAUGAGGAGUCUCAGAUAUCUUAAUCUCUCAAUGUCUCGAUUCGAUGGACAGAUCCCUCACAAUCUAGGGAAUCUGACCAUGUUGCGUAUUCUUGAUCUCAGAUUCGGGUUAUGGCAGAGCAAUUUUCCUUUGAAGAAUCUAAAGUGGCUGUCUCCUCUUCGUAUGUUGCAGCACCUUGAUUUGACUGGUUACGAUCUCAGUAGUGAAGAUGAAUGGCUACAGGUGAUGAACACUCUUCCUUCUUUGUCAGAAUUGCGUUUGUCUUCUUGUUCACUACCAAAAAUCCCUCGUCACAUAAAUACUGUUAAUUUUACAUCACUUUCCAUCCUCGAUCUCUCCUACAACACUUUCGAUACCAGUUUUCUGCCUCUCUGGAUCUUCAACCUAACUAGCCUCAUUUCCAUCGAUCUCACCAACUGCUUUUUUCAUAAUCUGGCCCCUGGAUUCGGUGUUGGUUUUCAGAAAUUGACAUCCCUUAGGGUUCUUCAUGUUUCUGGCAAUGAUGUUAUGAAUCAUUCAUCACUGCUGAAGGGGUUAUCGAGCCUAACAAAUAUUGUUUCUCUAGAUAUCAGUAGUUGCAUUCUGACACGUCCAAUCCUCCAUGACCUGCAGAAUAUGAGUUCCCUUGUUAGCCUUGACUUGUCAAACAAUAUUCUCAAUGAGUCGUUACCUACUUCAUUGGUUAAUCUGUGUAACUUAAGGUCCAUCGCACUUCAGGCUAACCAUUUGUAUGGAAGUAUAACCGAGCUUCUUCAAAACUUGUGUGAAUGUAAAUCAUCUAAGCUUGAGUCUAUAGGAUUCUGGGGCAAUGAUCUUGUUGGCUAUAUACCUGAAAAAAUUGGAGUUCUAAAGAAUCUGAUCACCUUUGAUCUUGGAAUCAACUUUUUAACCGGUCAAAUCCCAGAGUCUAUAGGAACGUUGCCAAAUCUAAAGACGUUAAUACUCAACGCCAAUUCAAUCUCUGGUCAAAUCCCAAAUUCAAUAGGAAGACUUUCGUAUUUAGAUAGGUUAGACCUGUCAAACAACCUAUUAAUCGGAAGUCUUCCUGAAAGCUUAGGUAACCUUUCGAGAUUGACUUUUUUGAAUGUUUAUAACAAUCUAUUGAAUGGUUCAGUCAACUCAAAUCAGUUGACAAAUCUUACAGCGUUGAAAACUUUAUGGGGUGAGAAUAACAAGUUGACACUGCAAUUGCAACCAAAUGUUAAUGAAGAUUGGGUUCCUUCUUUCCAACUAGAUGUGUUGAGAAUUGGGUCUUGGAAUUUAGGCCCUCGUUUUCCUUCGUGGCUUCAGUUUCAGAGAAACUUGACCGAGUUAGAUAUAUCAAACACAAACAUUUCAGACGUCAUGCCAGAUUGGUUUUGGAGUACAUUCUCAAGCAUAGAUUUCUUAAACAUCUCCCACAACAGAAUCCAAGGAAAGUUGACACAAGAUCUUGAAUUCCUUGCUACAAAUGCAGUAGUAGAUCUAAGUGACAACUCUUUCUAUGGUCCAUUACCUAGCUCUUUCAACAGACCUGACAUAGAUUUUCUUGAUCUUUCAAGAAAUCAUCUUUCAGGGUCUCUACAGCAAUUCUUGUGUCCAAAGAUCCAGGAAUCAAGACAGCUAAAAGUUCUUAAUCUUGCAAACAACAACCUCUCUGGUGCUAUUCCAGAUUGUUGGGUGAACUGGGAUUCUUUAUAUGUCUUAAACUUGGAGAACAAUAGAUUAUCGGGUGGAAUCCCAAGAUCUGUGGGAGAAGUACCUUUUCUUAGAUCAUUAAACAUACGCAGGAACAAUCUUUCUGGAAAGAUACAUGUGUCUGUGAUGAGUUCAAAGAGCUUGUUAAUCAUUGAUCUUGCUGAUAACAAACUCACUGGAAUUACACUCACCCCAAACGGGAGGAAAGCUACAAGGUUGAAACUUCUAAGCCUUCGUUCAAACAUGUUGGAUGGAAAGUUUCCUAAUGAACUCUGUCAUCUCACUUCAAUUCAAAUCUUAGACCUUGCUGACAACAAUCUUUCGGGGAGCAUACCAACAUGUUUCAACAACUUCACCAUAAUGUCUGGAAAAGAAAGCUCAACUCCUAUCAUUCUCUAUGAUGAAUUCGACCAAAAUCAAGUUCUAGGAAGUGCAUCAUUGGUGACAAAGGGUAGAGAGAGUUCAUAUAGCACUAUUCUUUAUUUGGUGACAACCCUAGAUCUUUCAAGAAACAGAUUUUCUGGGAACAUUCCUGAUGAGUUGAUGGAGCUUGUGGGAUUGCGUUAUUUGAAUCUUUCGGGAAAUCAGUUGACAGGAGGGAUUCCAGAGAAUGUUGGAGGCAUGCGCUUGCUUGAAUCUUUGGAUUUGUCUUCCAACUUGCUUCAGGGAGGAAUUCCUUGGAGAAUCUCAAGUUUGACUUUCUUGAAUUGGUUAAACGUAUCUUACAACAGUUUGACAGGAAGAAUCCCAACAAGCACUCAGAUUCAGAGCUUCAAUGAGUCCAGCUUCAUUGGCAACAGGCUCUGUGGGCCUCCUCUUGAGAAUCUAUGUGGAUCAUUAGCUCAUGUUGAUGAGACAAAGGACGAAGAAAACAGGGAUGAAGGAAAUGAAGUUGAUUGGGUGUUGGUAGUGUGUUUGGUGGUUGGAUUCUUCUUUGGAUUCUGGGUGGUGGUUGGACCAUUGGCAGUGAAUAGAAUAUGGAGAAUCACAUAUUUUGGGUUCUUGAAUAAAGUAUGGCAUAAGGUUUUUGGCAUCUUUAUCUCAAAACCCAAACGUGCCACCUUGGAACCAACCGAGCUUCACCUUGGAAGCUCUUUCUGA